GUCACAUUUCGAACAAAAGAUCAUUGUUUACACAUCUGACAUCGGGGUGGCUUGAAUUAAAUCGAGUCCAGCCGAAGAGCUUCAACCAUUUCUCUGCUGGAGGAGGUAGAAAGGGGAAAAGACACGACUAACAAGCAAGUGACAUACCUUUUUACAUUGAGAGCUUAAAGUACUACGAGAAAUCGAAGGAAAAAUUUAGAUUUUUGUCUAAAAGAAGAUUCAGUGUGGUGGGAAAGCCAAAUUGGUAAGAUUGCUUGAUCAAGCGCUCUAAGACUAGCGAGUUUCGAUUCGAGUUUCGAUUUGAGCAUCUCAAGAAUUGAUCUCAAACGAGCACGGGCAGGACACUCAUACUGGCAUUAGAAGCACACAAAGUAUUCAAAAUAGUUCGUAUAGCAAUUUAUACCACACGUGUCAGCGAUGUCACAGCAGCCUACAGCGGUUUCCAUGGCUCCAGUUUCUAACACAAACACGAUGACAGUGGGGGAAGGGGUAAAAACUUCCACAAUAGAACUCAUUCUUCCCGGUCAACAGGUAAAGAGCCAGGAGGGAAAUGGCGAAGAAGCCCUGGGAACUAUUAAUUCUUCCCGUUGGACAGAUCCCGAAACCAUGGCCCUGCUAAGCCUUUGGAGAGCAAACUAUCGAAUCAUCAAAGGGAAGAAACGAAAUUACGAAGAAUGGAACAUGAUUGCGAAGGAGUUCAACAGGCGCGUAGCUCAUUGCUCGCUGGGGCCCAGAACAGGGAAUCAGUGCAAGGUGCGGAUAAAGAACCUGCUCGCGGAAUACAAACGAACAAAGGACCAAUUACCUCAUUCAUUUCCCUACCACGACCAAAUAAAAGAGAUUCUCAACAACAAAAGUGAUCUCUAUCGCGAAGAAGAGGUGGUGCGCAUCAACAUACCAGCUGAACAUACAGUUGCUAAUGGCAUCGUUGCUUCUCAAACCGUCGUUACUGCUUCUUCCACAAUGACCAUUCCCAGUGCUAUUCCUUCGGACACGUUUACAGGUAGACAUUUGCGCCCUAUCAAGCCAGCCCCACCGCCCACGCCCUUAAAUGCUCCGAUCGCGGCUAGCCAAGCAGGGAAACACUCCAUCCCCAUACAAGUGUACCCGACAGUUCCUUCUCAGCCUACUCCAGCGACGGCAGUCAGCGUGGAACCUGUGCAUGCACCGAGGGGCUUAGCGAGCGAAGAUGAAUCAUCAGAGGACGAGAGCUACUCGGAAGAAAUGACUGUUCGGGGCUUGAAGAGACCUACCAUCGCCGAACCCCUUCCCCGGAAAAAACCGAGGAAGAAUCCCAGGCCGCUUAAAACAGCUCAGAGCCGUCAGGAAGAUCUUAGCAUGAUCGCCAUUUUGCGGGAGUUUUUGGAAGACAGUCGCAAAAGGGAGGAGGACUUAUUUAAAAGAAUUCUACAGCAACAACUUGAAGCCGAGAGUAGAUAUCAACAAUUUACUCUGGAUGUGCUGAAGGAAAUCGGCAAAAUGUUCAAAAAAGAUUGAUCUCUAACCUUGAGAUUUAAAAGCAAAAGUAUGUAAAGACAUUGUUUAAGACCUAUUUAAAGCGAAAGCCUAAUCAUGUAAUCACCUAAUAAGUUAAUUUGGUAUUGUGUAAGCGUAAGCCCUUCGUCAGUCGCUGAACUGGUAAAACUAAGUUAUAAGCUUCUGAUAAAACCUAGUUAUGUUGUUAUACCUUUUCUCUACAGUUUCUUCAGAGAAUUGCCCCCUUUACUCAUGUAAUGAGAGUUUGGUUACGUUCAGUUGUGUUGAAAAGAACGAGAUUGAGCAAGAAA